CCUGCGAUUGGUCGAGCCCAUGUAUGCGUGGUGACGCGCGUCGCGGCGGUGCGGGUCCCGAUUGCUGCAGCCGCUUGUCAGUGUGACGAAGAUUGGCACCCAGGCAUACCCUUCCCAGGAAAUGAAUACCAGAGGGGUAGUAUGACAAGUAAUUGAAAUGCUGGACGUUAUUUGCUAAGAAGAGAGAAAAGCAUUGAUUGCCAUUGAACAGUCUUCAAGAGAGAAAGAGUGUAUACUAGUGUGCUACACUAGAAGGGACUUAAAAAGAACCAGUUUGUUAUACCAUCUGAUCCCAUGACUGCACCAGUAUCCAUAUUCAUUCAACCAAAUAAUCUGAAAGAACAUUUUCCUAAUUCCCAAAAGCAAAAAAAAUUGAACUAAGAAAUGAAUUGACUUCAAAGCAACUCUCAGUAACCAUGAUGGCAACACAGACAUUAAGUAUAGACAACUAUCAAGAUGGGCAACAACAAAUGCAAGUAGUAACAGAAUUAAAAACUGAGCAAGAUCCAAACUGCUUAGAAACAGAUGCAGGAGGAUUGAGUCCUUCCCCAGUUGAAUCUCAGACACCGAUGGAUGCAGACAAGCAGGCUAUUUACAGGCAUCCACUGUUUCCCUUAUUAGCACUGUUAUUUGAAAAAUGUGAACAAUCUACACAGGGUUCAGAAGGCACAACAUCUGCAAGUUUUGAUGUAGAUAUUGAAAACUUUGUUAGGAAACAGGAGAAGGAAGGAAAACCCUUUUUUUGUGAAGAUCCAGAAACAGAUAAUUUAAUGGUAAAAGCAAUUCAGGUUCUACGAAUUCAUCUGCUUGAGCUAGAAAAAGUUAAUGAGCUCUGUAAAGAUUUUUGUAGUCGUUAUAUUGCAUGUCUAAAGACUAAAAUGAACAGUGAAACUCUGCUAAGUGGGGAAUCUGGGAGUCCUUAUUCACCAGUACAACCCCAGUCCAGCAACUUUAAACAUGAUAAAGAUAGCUUGGAUUUGCUGGAGCAGCUGUCUUCAUGGAAAGAGUCACCAGAAAAUCAAAUUCAAAGUGCCAUCACAGGUACACUAAGUCCCCAAGGGAUUGUGGUACCUGCAUCAGCACUACAGCAGGGAAAUGUAACUAUGGCAACGGUUGCAGGUGGCACAGUAUAUCAGCCAGUAACAGUGGUCACACCUCAAGGACAAGUAGUAACACAAGCACUGUCACCUGGAACAAUCAGGAUCCAGAACUCACAGCUCCAGUUACAAUUAAACCAAGAUUUAAGCAUCUUGCAUCAAGAUGAUGGAUCAUCAAAGAAUAAAAGAGGCGUUCUUCCAAAACAUGCUACAAACGUGAUGAGAUCUUGGCUUUUCCAGCAUAUAGGGCAUCCAUAUCCAACAGAAGAUGAGAAAAAACAGAUAGCAGCACAAACAAAUCUUACCUUACUCCAGGUUAACAACUGGUUUAUCAAUGCUAGAAGGAGAAUUCUCCAGCCAAUGUUGGAUUCCAGCUGUUCUGAAACACCAAAAACAAAGAAGAAAACAGCCCAAAACCGACCAGUUCAGAGGUUCUGGCCAGACUCCAUUGCAUCAGGAGUAGCUCAGCAUCAAUCAAAUGAACUUACUAUGUCAGAUGGAGCUGUUGUAACAAUUACAGCUCCCGUCAACAUGAAUGUAGACAGUCUCCAAUCGCUUUCAUCUGAUGGUACUACUUUGGCUGUUCAGCAAGUCAUGAUGGCAGGGCAAAGUGAAGACGAAUCUGUAGACAGCACUGAAGAUGAUGGAACAGACCUCUCAACUACAAAUAUCAGUGGGUUGGUCUUGGAUAACAGUGAUUCUCUGCAAUAGGAAGCAAGAGGACCUGACCUAAAAUAUUAGGAAAGACAAUGGACUGACUGACUUUUUAUAGUUUGCACAGCAAACAUUUUACACAAGUUUUAUUUCUAAUAUGUUUUAUAUGUAGAUAUAGAAGAGUGCACUUUUUUGUAUUUCAUAGUAAGCUUAAAGAGUGUCUUUGCAGGUGCAGCAACUUCUUUCAAAUGUGUUGUUUUUUGGUUUUAAUUUUGAAAAUCUAGUAAGUUAAAAAAUUAUCAUCCCAUUUGUUUUUCUAAAGUUAUUAUUUCAUUCACACACACAAAAAGCUGAGUCAAGCUGAAAAAAUGUGUAUAAUGGGGUUGCAGACAUGGGGUAAAAUGGUGGCUGCCUGGAAUGUGAGUUAGUUUUACAUUAGCAUGGAUUUAAACUUACCCAAACCAGACAAUUACUAUGUUACUCAGUUCCUUGCUGUUCUAUAGCAAUAGAUCUGCAAUUUUCAAACAUAUAAAAUUACACUGCUAUGGAGGAACUAAAAAUACUUUUUAUCUCGUUGAAAAUAACCAGUUUCAAUUCUGUCAUUUUAACAAAGGUGGUUAAUGUAAAUGUAAAGCAUGUCAAACUAAUGUAUGGGAUUUGUUUAUGAAGUUAGCCAUGUAGAUUUGAAAGAUGCUUCUGCACCUUAAAAAAGGAAACUAAACUGCCUGUUUAAAGUGAGCAACAUAAUACAAAAAAGAAAGAAAGGAAGGAAAUGAAAAUGUGUGAUUCCUAAAGAAUGCAUGGCAUUUACUAUAAACUUAAUUUCUUCAGGAGGAGUUAGGUGGACAACUCUAGAUCUCAUUGUACCUUUAAAUUUUGCUAUUGAUAUGGCUACCACAGCUUUUUUCUCAACAAAUUUUCUCCCUUUUUUAUCCAUUUGCCCAGUGGCUCCUUUCCUUUCCUUUCCUUUCCUUUCCUUUCCUUUCCUUUCCUUUCCUUUUUUUCAGCAAAUAAGGUGAGGUUAGAAUGGCAAUAAAAGAAAUAGAGGAGCCAGAAGAAGCCAUGAUUGUAGCUCUGUUCUGGUGAUACAUUCCAGUGUAGAAUUCACCAUAUAAGGAACAGCAAACCACCCCUAUGCUGUCUUAGUAGUAGUGGUGACAUCGCUGAUCUCCACAAGUGUGGCAUGAUUGUCUACAAUAUGAAGUUUGACAAUGCAUGUUUUUUUUAAAAAAAAAAACAAAAACCUCUUCACAUGUACGAGAAGGCUUCCAACUGCUAACAGCCAUGCUAUAUUCAAAGAUAACGGGCUGUUAGUGGACAUUAAAGCAUAAUCUAAAGAGUGGAAGGAUUAUUAACCAUUCUUCAUGUGUUGAUUCUAAAUGGGAGUCUCCUUCCUAAACUAGUAUUCUCUUAUCUCAGUUCAAAGAUACAUUUAAAGGUACAAAAGAUGCUAUAAGGUGUACCCCUAACUAGUGUGUCUGUCCAUUGUUUGCUAUAAAACACUUAUUUUUACCUUUAUCAGGAUUCUUGGAUGAAAAAUAUUUUUAUAAAUUCUCUAAGAAUUGGACGGAUGACUGUAUUAAGCAUGAGGAAAAAGUGUUUAGUACUACUAUUUGAAAAGUUAUGAAAACUGUCCAAAUUGAAUAAACAUGCCUAUGUGA